CCUAAUGAUGACGUGCUCACACAAGCUGAAUUUGUCGACUCUGCGGCAAACAAAUCAAUGGAGCAGUCGAAAAUUGACGACAGAAAUGAUCAAAAUGAAAUGCAGGAUGAAAUCGGUGAUUGCGUUCUACAGCACAACGAUGGGCUCAAAAUGACCGAACCUUUCCUAUCAGACAAUCUGAUUGAUGAAAAGCCAGUUGCCACUCUGGAUGUUAGCGCGGUGGUAGAUAAGCCAUUUUCGUGUACUUCAUCAAAUUGUUCACGUCAUGAAUGUUUUACCAGUGUCGCUGAAAGUGAUGUGAAGGAUGCAUCAUAUGGACCACAUUAUCCAAAAGAGCUGAAGGGCGAAACCGCCAAAGAUGUUACAGCCACUCCUAGCGUUGAGAGGAUGGAGGAAACCCACACAAAAAUGUUUGUAUUAUUGAUUCUUUUCACGGUCUUCAAGGUUUCAGGUUUAACUACCGAUAAGUUUUAUGGAGCAUCAGAUUUACGAAAGGCUGAUGAGGGUCUUGGAUCAAAAUCUCCACGUAUUUGUGAAGUUGGCAAGACGACAAUGCCACUUACAAUGCCGGCGAAGAAGAGAAAGGCCGAUAGUGACUUGGCAGCUGAUGAUGAAGAGACGAGCAUAGUUUUUAAGAAAUCUUCGAAGCAAUUGGGAAAGGCAAAACAAAUGAGGCGGUCGGCUGACAUAGUAUCUACGAGAAACUCGCCAUCUCUGAGUAGCAGUUCCGAUAUGCACGAUACCCAAACGCCUGCCAAUUCUCCAGUUGUUGUGCAUGUGGCCUGCGCAAGAAUUGUUAAACCUAUUGAAGAGAAAAGUCCUUCGUAA